UUUCACAUAUGUAGUGUAACUCUAAGCUUACUUUAUUUUAAAUGAAAAGAGUAGUCAGGCGUUGUACUUCCUCUCAUCAAGAAGUUUCCUGCGUCUAACAGUCAAGCCAAAUUAACUGCCAUCAACACAUGAGAGAAGUCGUGCUUCUUGAGGGUGGAAAAACAACCAUGAAUGACUCAAAAACGGACAGAAUCAAAAUGGACAAUGCCACCUUGGCCAUGUUUGACAACCACUUGGCCAGUGAAAUUGUGUCAGCCAUCUAUAUCAUCGUGACCCUUACCAACCUGAGCGGAAACGGCAUCUCUCUGUUUCUGUUACUGAUGCGCACAUCUCCAAAAACCCCCUCCAUCAUCUUCAUGAUCAACCUCACCCUGACUGACUUGAUUCUGGUUACUGUGCUCCCCUUUCAGAUCAUGUACCAAAUGCAGGGUUACAACUGGACUUUGAGUCCAGGCAUGUGCAAUGUACUGACGGUGGUUUUCUAUGCCAACAUGUACAGCUCCGUUUUAUCCAUGACUGCCAUCAGCGCCGACCGCUAUGUGGGGAUUGUGAAACCGAUGCGUUUCAGAGAGAUGAGGAAGAGGAAAACAUAUGCAAUUGUUAUCUGUAUAUUCAUAUGGCUGCUAGUCCUUGUGAUUCUGAGCCCCCUGCAACACAAAGACCUGACAUAUUUUGUAGAGGAGCGCAAUAUCACCACAUGUUUUGAUGUGUUGAGAAAGGACCUGCUCCCAGGUAUUGCUCACUGGACGGGCUUCAUUUUUGGCAUGUUCAUCAUCCUCUUCCUCUGUCCGUUCAUCAUAACAGUGUUUUGCUACAUUAACAUCAUCUGCGUCCUGGUCAGAAGUACCAAUAGUCAUCAGAAAGGCCGUGCUGUGCGGUUGGCAUGCAUUGUUCUGUUUGUGUACAUUUUUUGUUUUGCUCCCAAUAAUAUAUUACUAUUGGCCCACGGCAUUGUAAGGCUGUAUUAUGACAAAUCUCUCUAUAUCUACUAUAAACUCUCCCUGACUCUUAGCUGCAUUAAUAGCUGCAUAGAUCCAUUUAUUUAUUAUUUUGCAUCGAAAGAGUUCCGUCGGAAGCUAAGGCAAAUUCUGAGGUUGCAGACUCUCAGCACGGACAUGCAAAUGACCGAGGGUCAUAGAGAAAGCUUUUUCUCAGGACGUUCAACGGUCAAUGCAAAAGAGGACUGUGACUCUUGAAUUUGUAACAUUUCUUUAGUUUUUUUAGUUUCUGCUAUUUUUAUUUUGAGAAGAUAUUCUAUGGGGGAAUUGUCAGAAUCAGGAGCAAUAUGAGCAGUUAUAUGAGUCAGAGCACAAGUGCUAACAACCACAGCUCUCACACAAUUCACACGGCUUAUAAUAAUGUAAUGCAAACCCAUAAGGAUCACUUCCCAUAGAGAGUUUUCUUGUUAUUGUUUUUGCAGCGUUUAGCUUUUGUUCUGUUUUGAUUUCCUGUCUGAGCAUUUGAAGGAAAGCAUGCUGCUCAUGCAUUCAGGGCGCGUGAUGUUGUGUAUCUUGUUUUUUUUUUUUUUUUGGUAUCAUUCAUCCAAGUUCCUUCUCACCGAAACUUUGACAUAUUUUUUUGUACAUUGAUGCGUGGUUGGCAGCAACUUCAGUAAUUUCCGAUCUGACUAAAAAACUACAAAGACUUAUUGUGGCAGCUAUUUUAGAUAUAUUGCUAAUAUGUAAAUAAUUUUAUGCUAUGAAAUAUGCAGUUAUUGUUUAGUUAGAAUUCUUUUUCUUUUCUAUGAGCUAAGCUGUUUUAAUAUUUAUUUUAUUUACACUGCUAAUAAUGUGCAUGUAUUAUUACAAUAGUAUUCAUUGUUGCAUGUUUAUUUAUUUUUAUUUUUUUAUUACUGGGUAUUAUUUUUCUGUGGUAAAAAAAAGUGUACAAAGUCAUGUAGGGGCAUUUAUUUUGUCAUGUUGCAUUUAAUAAACACAGCUAAAUAAACUGA